AUGAAGCUUUAUUCAAGCUCAUACAUCCAGCUCAGUUGGCUACUUCUCCAUUGGACCACAUGCACUAACAGCCAACCCAGAGCCAUGCAAUAUGUACCAGAGGGUAGAAUGAAAUCUGUACAAGAAGGGGCACCUAUUAAUCUCUCCAACCCCUUCAUAUCUUCCGCACCAGACUCAGAAAAGACAUUUCAACAUCAAAUUUCAACAUCCACAACAGAUUUGAGUUCUAACAAUGUCUUGAGAACUUCAAGACAACCUAAAUAUCUCAAUUUAGAAAAACCAUACCAAAGAUACAGUUUUACCAAAGAAAGAGGUCAUGAAAAUCAAAGUUCCUACUCAAAAAUCAGAAAUCAAGAGAAUGUCAGUAAAGUCCACCCACAUCAGUCAAAAGGGCACAAAGUAGAUGAAUGCAUGGAAGCUUCACAUAGAGCACAUCCAUUGGUAAAAUCCAAAGAAAAUGAGUCUUGCUACCAACAUCUUAAUUAUGACACAAUACCUCAUCAAGGUCAUUACACUUACUACAAACCAAUUCUCAAUCUGCCACUACCAGAUUUUGUGCUCCCCAACAUGGUACCAGUUUUCUACAACCCUCAAGAUGCUGAUGAUUGGGCUAAGGCAGGAGCAACAUUGACAAAAUUGGAUCCAAACCUACCACAAGACUCUGAAUAUCAGCCAUCUUCUUACACUUACAGUCAUCCAAAUGUUCCCAUUUCAGGGUCAAAAGUGUUUAGGAUUUCUAGUCAAAAUGAUCAUGAAAACACAGCACUACCUUUCAAGUCAAAUUAUGCAGACAGACAAAACAAUUUGUAUGGUGGAACCCUUGAGCAUUUUAAUCCAAGGUCAUGGCAAAUCUGGGUGGAUGUACAGAAGUUUUGGGUUCAGAAGUGGAGUCUUGGGCCCCAGGCCCAGGGUAAGACUCAUGAUUCCAUCUCCAAGCAGAAUGGAAAUAUCAGUUCCAAGGAGAAUACAAUCUUUCCUGAAUUUUCAAAUAUUUAUCAAGCUAAGAUACAAGAACAAAACAGGCACCUGCACACAAAGGCUCUCCAAAAUCCAGAGAGUAAUUUACAAGAGAAAAGAAACCCUUAUCAGACAACACAUAUACAGGGAGCCAAGGAUACAAGCACUCAGAUUCUUGAUUUAACAAAGGAGACAGAUUUUCCUGAUAUAUCUGUCCUGGGAAACCAUCACAACAUGGAAUCCCCAGCUCCUAAAUAUUCUUCUGAAAAUGACCUACUGGCCCAAAGUCACAAGACUCUGGGUUAUAAGAGUCAAAUCAAGACUGAAGAAGAUAAAAAGGAAGGGGAGGACUUCAGAACCAAUUCCUUGGAGAAACAUACAAACAAUGAUGAUGUUAAGAGACCAUGGGCAUCAGUUGCCAAAGCUUCACCCAGAAGACUUUCAUUCAACCAUGAUUCAAACUCAAUUAGUACGACAUCCCCUGACUACAAAGGCAAGGAUCUCACAACACUAGAGAACCCAUCCAAGAAAGUAGCAAACAAAGGACCUCCCAGUAAGGAUGCAUUUGCAUUGAAGAAAAGUGGAGUUGUGGAAAAUCAUUUCACAUCUGAGAUGACUUCAUCUCAAAGUAGAACAAACAAGAUGAGGCUGCCUGACCAAACAGACCAAACAAAGGAAGGAUAUCUCAAGUCUUUAGUCAAAAAUGACAGGAAUGACCAUAAACAAUCAAAAAUUCAGGAAUUCAACUCUCCAGACAUCAGUUCCAAGGAUACAAUUGAGCUAAGUCUGUCUUCAGGACUUGAAUCUGAUGGGUGGUUGACCUAUCAUACCAGAAAUUCAAGAGUAAAGGACACUAAAAUUUCAAGAGAAACACCUCAAAAAGGGUUGAAAACUGAAGAAAAGCAAUUGCAUGGUCUUGAAUACCUUGAACAAAAACCUUCAAAUUUGCUGUCCAAGUCAUCUUCAUCCACCUCUAAAAAAGAAACAAAUCCCUGGGGUAUCAAAGUUGUUGAGAGAAAAUCAUUUGCAGACAUUGAUUCAAAUGAAAACAAACACAACAUUGAACCAGUCAUUGGCCUCCUUGAAGAAAAAAAUAAUGCUUCACAAAACGGAAAGACACAUGGCCAACAAUCAAAUGGAAGAAACGCCCAAUCUUCUUCAAGUAUAUUAAAGAACAAAGAGUCUCUGCUGGGAAUGACCCAUGAAGAUGUUAACAAUUCACAUUUGAAGGAAAAGCAGAAAAAUGAACAACUUAGGUCAACUCUUCAAAAUGCAAAAUAUGAGCUGGGAGAUAAAUUGGAAGCUGAAGAGACAAAUACACAAAAACAAAUUGAAAAUAAUCUGAUACCUGAUAUUGGUGUGGGUGAUUUUUCCACAGAAAGCCCUCACAGAUCACAUAGCACAAACAACCCAGAUCAGAAUAGCCCCAUAGAAGGUGGCACUGAGGAAUCUUCUUCAGAGGAAGAAUUUGAGGAAACAAUUAAAUCAAAGGCAAAAACAAAAGGCAAGAAAAAGUCAAAGAAACAAAAGAAAAAAUCAAUCAAAAAGAAAGAGAAGGUCACCAAGGUCUUAGAUUUUGAUAAAGAAUCACCUGAAGAACUUUCACCAACAAUCCAGUCACUGUCAGAUCUCUUCAAGACAGUGAUGAAAGUUCUACAAUAUGAUAAACCAAAGAAGCUCUUGCCUAUCAAAAUGACUGAUCAAGAAUUUGAACAGAUCUAUUGA